AUGCUCUCCCUUUCCCUACAGGUGCAGCGACCAUGGAGAAGGACAGGGCUGAAGCCUCCUGCCCCGGCAGCCCUCGCAGUGCUGCUGGCCCUGGCUCUGCUGGCCCUUGCCCGCCUUACCCCCCCACCACAUCAUCCCCUGCACCCACUGCCUGCAUCAUCCCCCCCAGCCCCAUGGCAGGAGGUGGCUGCUCCCCUAUCCAGGGGACGAGCCCCCAGUGGAAGGGUCCCUGUACUGCAGGAGCAGCCCCAUGGCCGGGGCCGGAGGCAGCGGCGAGGGGCAGCAGGGGAUGCUCCCCCAUGGUUCUCUGAUGAUGACCUCCAGAAGAUGCAGCUCCUGGCCAGCGGGCAGGUGGUGUCCAAAACCCGCAUCCCAGCCCAUGGGCAGGUCCUGCGAGUGGGGCUGCAGGCCAUAGGGGAUGCUGGAAGGGACAGCGCACCAGAAAGGGACUGCCAGGACGGGCACUGUGGGCUCAUCAAGCGUCCCAGGGACCUCUAUGAGGUGCUGGCUUUCCACCUGGACAGGGUGCUGGGGCUGAACCGCAGCCUGCCCGCUGUGGCUCGGCGCUUCACCAGCCACCUCCUGCCCUACAGCUACACCAAUGGCUCCCUGCGACCCAUCAUCUGGUGGGCACCGGACCUCCAGCACCUGGAGGAUGCCAACAAUGACCAGAACUCCUGUGCUCUGGGGUGGCUGCAGUACCAGGAGAUGCUGCGGCCCCAUGGACCAAUGCCAGCGGAUGGGGAUGCUCCCUGCUCCAGCAUCCCACGUGGCGAGUGGAGCCGCUUGGCCCUCUUUGACUUCCUCCUCCAGGUUCAUGACCGCCUGGACCGCUACUGCUGUGGAUUUGAACCCGAUCCCUCCGAGCCCUGUAUGGAGGAGAUGCUCCAUGAGAAGUGCCGAAACCCAGCGGAGCUGGUCCUGGUGCACAUCCUGGUCCGGAGGAGCGCUCCAUCCCGCCUGGUGUUCAUUGACAACGCAGGCAAGCCACAGCACCCCGAGGAGAAACUCAACUUCAGGCUCCUGCAAGGCAUAGACAGCUUCCCUGCAUCAGCCGUGGCCACGCUGCGGUCGGGCAGGCUCCAGAGCCUGCUACUGGAAUCACUGCGUGUGGACCGGGAGCUCUGGGAGAGCCAUGGUGGUGCUGAGGGCCUGAGACCCCUGCUCCGGACCAUUGACAGGCGGGCACGCAUCCUGCUGCGGCACAUCCGGGAGCACAACCUGACUGUGUUUGAGGACACAUCCCAACAGUGAUGGAUGUGCCUCAUUGGGGGUGAUGUGACACUGUGGGUGCUUGGGGCUCCAAAAGGGGUUUCCCAUCUCCUUGUAGGAUGCACUGGAGAAGGAGACUGGAUCACAGGGAGUGGGAAAGAGGAGGAGACAUCUCCUGAAACAACCCACAGCUGCUUAGGAAAACACAACUGUUGUCAAGUAAUGGGUUUUCAAAGGGAGAGCACAUCCAUGGGGUUUUUGUGGUUCCUUCACCCCCUACCCCAGCAGCUUUGAACACCAGAGGCUCAGACAGUUAAACAGCCUAUGGGGACCCUGGGAAGGGUUAAAGAAGCAAUGAGAAUCACUGCUCAGGGCUGCAGGAAGUCACUGUCAGCCUUUCCAUGGCUUGCACUGGGCUUUUGGAUGAUGCCUUUGCUGUUUCCAGGGAGGCUGGAGCAGCAUGGAAUAAAGCAGAGGGUGCUUUCUAAGCAGGGACAAGUGACCGGAGCUGAGCUCUGUCUGUCCCACAUGGAGGAGGUGACGUGUGCCUGGGAGUGAGGAUAAAUCAGCCUCUCAGAGCCCAUUUGUGCUGUCCCCAGCGAGCACCAUGUGCCAUGUGCUGUGCCAUCCCAUUGAAUGUGGAAUCUGAAGAUUUAAAUCCCUCACUUUCCCUUUGCUGUCAGA